UUCUCUCAGGAGGGUGUGGAUUGUGAGCUUGUCCGCUGGCAAGGAGCAGAAGGUCAGGGAGGCACCGUAGUUAAUCAAUCAAUAAACCAAACAGCCGAUCAAUCACUUCCUGCAGUCCGAGGCCGGCGAGGGCUAAUCGAUUGGUGCGGGUAUUUUGAAAGGAAAAACGGCGGUGGAUAGGCUGUCAAACGGAAGGGUGAAGGAGAGGCGGGGCUGGGCCUCCAGGUGCCCCCUGUGGCUUCCUGGGCCUGCAGAGGCGCCGAAACGUGCAGGCGCCGGCGUCCGGGAGGCGUGGGGUGCGUGGGGCGAGUCCCUGCUUGCUGGUUAGCACCUCCCGACCCCGGGAAGGCCCGGGGGGCGCGCGGCGGGCGGGGCGAGGGCCGGGCGAGGCCCGCCUCCCAUUGGCCGCAUAGCGCCGCCCUGCGCAGACCGCGGAUAUAAAGCAGCCGCGGGCGCCGGGCGCCUCACAGCACGCUGCCACGCCGACGCCGACCCCAUUCUGCACGUCAGCCCGCCCGCGCCCACCAUGGCUACAGUUCAGCAGCUGGAAGGAAGAUGGCGCCUGGUGGAUAGCAAAGGCUUUGAUGAAUACAUGAAGGAGCUAGGAGUGGGAAUAGCUUUGCGAAAAAUGGGCGCAAUGGCCAAGCCAGACUGUAUCAUCACUUGUGAUGGCAAAAACCUCACCAUAAAAACUGAGAGCACUUUGAAAACAACACAGUUUUCUUGUACCCUGGGAGAGAAAUUUGAAGAAACCACAGCUGAUGGCAGAAAAA